AGCGGGGCGGGAUCCCCGAGCGGGUUUCCGAGCCGAGAGGGGAGACUGCGGUGCCUCAGUACCCCAGGGGCUAUUAAAGGCGGCGCGGAAGAGCGGCCAGUUAAACCUGUCGGGUCGCAACCUUAGUGAAGAUAAAAUGAAAGUAAAAUUGAAAAGGAGGUGUUGGUUGUUGCCUUGGGCUUGCAUGACCACAGCAUAACAUAGUGUAGGAAUGUUUUUGGGUGACUCAUCAAAAACUGAAUGAAACUGAGAGGUGCCAGCGUUUGGAACAAAAGAAUGCUGUAAAUUCUAAAGGAAACCAUACUGUUGAACUGACAGGAAAAUUGUAUCUUGGACUUCAAGAAAGAACAGUUCUCUUCAUGCAUUCUGAAAUAACAAUGGUUCAGGUGUUCUAAACCACAAAGAUAUAUUCCUUUGAAUCAACCUAAAGCUACAACUGAUGCCUCAGUGUGUUUGGAGAAUAAAUGUGGAUAUCCCUGAGGAAGCUAAUCAGAAUCUUUCAUUCAGUGCUACUGAACGAUGGUGGGAACAGACAGAUUUGACCAAACUAAUCAUAUCAAACAAUAAACUUCAGUCACUUACUGAUGACCUCCGACUCCUUCCUGCACUGACUGUUCUUGAUAUACAUGAUAAUCAGCUGACAUCCCUUCCUUCUGCUAUAAGAGAGUUAGAAAAUCUUCAGAAACUUAAUGUCAGCCAUAACAAGCUGAAAAUACUCCCUGAAGAAAUUACAAACCUAAGAAACCUGAAGGGCCUGUAUCUCCAGCAUAAUGAACUAACUUGCAUACCAGAGGGAUUUGAACAACUUUCCAACUUAGAAGAUUUAGAUCUUUCGAACAAUCGUCUUACAAGUGUUCCUGCAAGUUUUUCUUCUCUAUCCAGCCUGGUGCGACUCAAUCUUUCCAGUAAUCAAUUGAAGAGUUUGCCUGCAGAAAUAAGUGGAAUGAAGAGAUUAAAGCAUUUGGAUUGUAAUUCAAAUCUCUUGGAAACUAUACCUUCUGAAUUGGCUAGCAUGGAAUCAUUAGAAUUGCUUUAUUUGCAGAGGAAUAAAUUACAUUUUCUACCGGAAUUUCCUUCUUGUAAAUUAUUAAAGGAAUUACAUUUAGGUGAAAACCAGAUUGAAAUGUUAGGGGCAGAACAUCUUAAGCAUCUGAAUUCUAUCCUUGUGCUAGACCUGCGGGAUAACAAGUUAAAAUCUGUUCCAGAUGAAAUUACACUCCUGCAGUCUUUGGAAAGGCUUGACCUAAGCAACAAUGAUAUUAGUAGUCUGCCCUGUUCAUUGGGAAAACUUCAUUUGAAAUUUCUGGCCCUAGAAGGAAAUCCUUUGAGAACCAUUCGAAGAGAAAUUAUAAAUAAAGGAACCCAGGAAGUCUUAAAAUAUCUACGAAGCAAGAUCAAAGAUGAUGGACCUACCCAAAGCGAUUCUGUUACUGAGACUGCCAUGACACUACCAAGUGAAUCUAGAGUCAAUGUACAUGCCAUCAUCACAUUAAAAAUAUUAGACUAUAGCAAUAAACAAACAACUUUGAUUCCUGAUGAAGUGUUUGAUGCAGUAAAAAGUAACAUUGUCACUUCUGUUAACUUCAGUAAGAAUCAGCUAUGUGAAAUUCCCAAAAGGAUUGUUGAACUGAAGGAAAUGGUUUCUGAUGUCAAUCUCAGUUUUAAUAAACUUUCCUUUAUAUCCUUGGAAUUAUGUAUGCUUCAGAAAUUGACUUUUUUAGAUCUCAGGAAUAACUUUUUAAAUUCUUUGCCUGAAGAAAUGGAAUCUUUGAUAAGACUACAAACAAUCAACCUUUCCUUUAAUAGGUUCAAAAUACUACCUGAAGUUUUGUAUCGAAUUCCCACACUGGAAACAAUUUUGAUUAGUAACAAUCAGGUUGGAUCUGUGGACCCUCAACAAAUGAAGACAAUGGAAAAUCUGAUCACAUUGGAUCUUCAAAAUAAUGAUCUCCUACAAAUUCCACCAGAGCUUGGCAAUUGUGUGAACUUAAGGACACUGUUACUAGAUGGGAAUCCGUUCCGCGUUCCUCGAGCAGCUAUAUUAAUGAAAGGAACAGCUGCUAUUCUGGAAUAUUUGAGAGACCGAAUUCCUACUUAAAUUGAGGUUGUUACGUAAUCUUGGUCAUGUUACUUCUUAGAAUUCUUAAAUUGAUCACUGACAUUUUUCUAAGGUAUCGUGUACAUUUAUAAUGGUGUGACCACGUAUAGUGUUCAUACGUUUGUUCUGAAUGUUUUGCAUGAGAUUUAUCCUCACUUUCGUUCCCUUGCAACAUAGCAUUCAAAAGUGAAUUUUUAUUUAUCAUAGUUUAAUAUUUUUAUAAUGACAAAGCCUUUUUGUAGAAAUGGGUUUUUUUUCCCCAUUUCUGUUUGUGUUAUGUAUAAUAAGACCAAUUGACUUGAAUAUGACCAUCUAAUUUCUACCUUUUUAUUGGAUAUAAAAUUGAAUUUUAUUUAAUACUGUUCUUUGGCAUUUAAAAAAAUAA